AUGUCUGCCCCCAACCGAAUCCUUGUUGCUGAAACGCAGUUUGUAUCCGAAACGCAGUUUGAACAGCUCGAACGGGACCAAGCUGAUCCGUGGGAUAUUCCCACUCAAUUCCGGGUGGCCAGCUCGAUGACGCCAUGCCAGGCCGACGUUGGAGCUCGAACCGUAGCCGGCCGCCAACCCGUGGCACAGGCCCACGACGGACCGCUGCAGCCUGCCGAGGUCCGUGCUCUGGUCCCAGCCACCAACCCGGCCUCGAACCCUGCUCAGUCCACACCAGCCCCGGCCAACAAUGGGAGCCGACGGGUCCGCCCCACCCCAACAAAAGGGGUGCCUGUCCAGAUUCCCAUCAAGUACCUGCUUUGGCUCAGGUCCACCGUCCCAACCGUGGUGAAGAGGUCUGCGGGCUCCGGCAGCGGGCGCCCUCCGAGCGAAUACGCCAGGGCCACCUCAAGGGUUCCCUUCCCCAUCUGGAAGUGUGUCCCAACUAACUGGGACUGGGGCAUGGCCAAGGCAGAGAUCAUUGAGCUUCUCGGCCCGGAGCGACGGUACCUUGCGGAAGAAUUAACCGUCAAAAAAUACUUAAUCACGGACGACAACACCUGGGCACCUUUUGCAUUGGCCACGGAGCAAGCUUACCCUGCAAAGGCGGUGUGCAUUGACCUCUCCCAAGUGGACCCCCGCGUAGUGGCCCGGGAAGAGUCUCAGAACGCUGAGGUUAAUGCGCGCCUGAUCAUGCAACACGGCACGGAUGCAGAGAGGGCUCCGCUCAAACAUCAACGAGCUUGGCUUGCGGCAAAUCCCAAUGCUCAGAUUGCCGAACCUGGCACUGAGAAGGUGCAGCUGCUCCGGAACCAUCAUUUGGUGAUGCGCAAUGAGCGCUGGGCUCCGCCAAAAGAGGGCGAGGUGGCGAUGCACCCCUCCGGGGAUGGCCGAUAUAUCAAGCUCAGCCACAAGGUCCUUUGGGGGUGGGCCCGUAAGCUUGAUGGCCCCAACCCUUCAGUCACGCUCGACAACCCCCCGGAUACCCCCCUGUUUGCCUGGAUCUCCGCAAGUACCCCAAAGAGGAAAGCUGCGCCAACUCUGAGCACCGGAUCCCCGGCUUCCCGCACUUUCCGAGGAGGUGGAUCCACCUCGGGCCCGCCCGACUUGUCGCCUUCCCAGGAUGUGAUCUGUGCGCCGGUCACCAAUCCCCCCGAGGCGAGUCCCUCAUCUGAGGCUUCAGUUCCCCUCAGACGACCCCGGGCUCGUACUUCAUCGCCAUUUACCCGGAUGUUUUGUUUGAUGAGUCAGGCCCGACAAGACGCAGAGGCACCCAACCAUGCGGACGUAGGAGAACUUGAAACCGGUUCCUCCACUGCCUCAUCUAUCGCCGCUUCGAUCAAGCACAUCCAUGGAGGGAACCAUCCCGCUCAAGCCCCGUCAUCCCCUGAAAUUGUAGUCAUGGGGAAUGCACAUUGCACGCUCGCCGGACCCCGGAGAACUAUCACGCCUAUCAACUUGGCCCGCUUGGGUCGCCUGAACCUUGGCGCAGACUCCACCCCAGGUACCCCUGAUUCAACGAAUUCUUGGAUAAGCAAUUCAGUCCCCCCCCGCGAGGCCGCAGCGAACGCUAUGGCUUUCUUCUUACGGCACUGUCAGAUCCCAGCCGAGGAUUUCCACACCCGGUGGUUAAUCCAGGACCAAAACAUCACUUUGUGGUCCUACUUUUUACGCAGUUCGGAGGCCGACUUGACCCAACUUGGUUUCAAAGCCGGCCCCGCCCAACUCAUCUGCGAUGGUGCCCGGCUCCUUCAGCAAGUUAGUGAGGAAGAAGAUUGGGCUGAUCCAGAUUGCAGUGGUGCCGCAAGCAACCCACCCGCGGACAACUCUGACAAGGCACCGGGGUUCAACAUGGUUGAUGGUGAUGCCCCAUAG